AGCAGAAGCAGAGGACUUUCGGACUUUUAUAAAAGCCCGGAGUGGAGGGUGGUGUCGUGUGAUUAUUAGGCUGUGGUGCUGGAAUUCGUACUGUUGUUAUGGUGUCCGAGCUGUGCUGUAUUAUUAUUGUCUUCAUUCCUUCUUCGAACCAUCUCACGACCGCUGAAGGAGCACAGCUGCUGGGGGAAGAAACGUCACGGCUGUCUUUGAACGAAAUUGAAAAGGUCCGCUUAGCUAUUAAGGCUCACAUAACGGCCUUUCUCUUGGUUGACUGUCAAGACACGACGUCCCUCGCUCUCUUCGUAUACGCGCCUCGUCCUGGACAGGCGCGCAUUCUCCGCUGCUACAACAUCAUUAGGCGGUGUAUUGGAAAGGCUGCUUCCACGCAAGUUGCUCUUCUGGCGUUAGACCCGCCACUUUGGUUUGAGCCUCUCCCGCUUGAGCUUCUUGUUUUCACGCUGCAGUAUAAAUCGCACGAAGAGCUAUAUCAGCAUCGCAGCGAGUGGAAGGCCGGGCUGACGCUUAUGGCAAGAAUGCAGCGCGACUUGCCUCCAUCCGAGGAGAGAUACGACGUCCAGACCUACGUUGCGUUUAGUAGGGCCUCAUUAUCGAGAGACCGGGUUGGCUUACCUGAGACAUGUUUCCGACAGCGUUGACGGAUGCGACCCGCGGGAGUCGCUUUUCCCGCGCUGCAUAUCAGUGAAGGAGCGAACUUUGUCGAGAACUGCGGCCACCCUAUUUCAUUGACCGUACAGCCUGUACCAAUUAUGAUGGCAGAGCUUAUUAUAGGACAGCUCAAGCGCCGGACGUUAUGUGAUGUAAGCCUUCCUAAGUUCUCACAUCCGUUGGACGAGAACUGACG